CGGCUGUCAUCUCAAACAACCAGCAGUGUUGAGAUGUCGGCAAGGCCAAAACGACCAACUUAUCGCGCGUCCUAAUUAGGGCCUUAUCGAGCAUCAAGCUCGCUCACCGACGCCACAAUGCUUCGCGCCUCUUCAGUGCCGCUGCCGAUCAACGCGCAUCCAAUUGGCCGUCUGAUGGGAAUGCUGAACUCGCCCCCUUCAGCUUACUGGUUGGCUUCGGAGACCAAGUUUUUGCUGACAGCUGUAUGGCAUGCACGAUGACAAGGCCGCCCAGGUGUGGCUGCCUGAUCAUCUGGCAAUCUUCAGCUUGAUGUGCCCUUCAUCCGAACGUUCCACUUAUGUUCUCAGCACAACGCCCUCUCUUCAAGAGUUGCAGGCCGCUCCGGUGCCCCAUUCACUCGUCUGAUGAUACUGCAUCUAAGUAAUUUGCCAGGAAAAACGAGGAUUUCCUCAUGCCGACCACCAAUCCACAUGGUUUCUGGCGCUGCCCCAAUCCCUAUGGUAGAUGCGUCAAUACUUGGAAUUUCGUUCAUGAAACAAGUUGCCCAUCAUGCGGUGCUGGUUAUGACGAGACCAUCAGAGAUUAUCACAGUUCAAAUGAAACGCAGUCACCACCCGUUGACAACUACCGGAACGUGAGCGACACCGACAACGCUUACGGUAUCGACAACGUUGGGAAUGAAACGCCUUCUCCCCUAAAUGAAGUGACAGGAGAGCGGACUGAAGCUGUCAAGUUAGCUAGCGUAUAUUACGGUAUCACCGACAAAGCUCACGGUAUCAACACAGUCAAGAACAGAGGCAGCCCGACAAAGGGAGAGAAUGUCUCUACUGCCCCAACCUCGAUAUUACGCCCUGGACCGCCAGCAGUUCGUCGCGGAAACGCUCACCGUCGCUCGGUUGCCAUGUCGUCAGACGCCCACGUCGAGUCGGAUCUGUCUGGACCAGGCCCCUUUCAAGACACGCCAACUAUGGAAAUCGAAUCAUCGUCUGUGAUGUUGGAAGACAUUCGAUGGAAUACUGCGCAAAGUCCAGAAUUCUGCCCAGACGAGUUUGACAUCGAAUGGGACGUUUUCGAACACGAAGCAAUUUUAGACGAUGAAGAUGAAGACUCAUCUGUUGCAUCCACAGCACCAGUUUCUUUGAGCACCUUCGCAGAAUCUGUGGAGACAGGUGCAACAGCGUUGUCUAGAGGUAGCCAAUUCACGGUCGAGCAGAUUCAGAGUGCUACGCGCAUCUUCAUCUCCAUUUUGCAGGAGGACCAAUUACUGAUACCACUAUAUGAGUCUGCACGCAACGAUACCAGGAUUGGACCCAACAGACUAAGGAGAUACAUCCAUAAAUCAUUGAAAGCAUUCGCAGAGCAGCUCAAAGGAGAGGCAAAUGACCAAUUCCAGUUUGCAGCUUGCCGUCUCGUCCAAGCAAAGGCACAUUACGCAGCUUGGUGUAUUUCCGGCGGAGAGGACAUAUAUCACCACCCACCGGCAUCCGGACAUCAACGCGAACAAGAGAGUAAGGACCUUGAAGACAGCUCGGAAGAAGAAACAAUAGAACGAUCAGAUGGAAUCUCGGAAUUGGGGAAUCUGAGAACUUUCUAUUUGUUCCUGGGAAACAGUGAUGCCUAUGCGACACUGCAAGCACGGAUUCAUGCCUUCUGUACCAAGGAGUUUAAGGCGUCAUCGUACAGGCCAAUCACCGUCGAGUUGGAUUGGACGCCUCCUACAACAGGUAAUAGCAGGCGCACAUGGUAUACAUGGCAGAAAGAUGCACAAAUUCAAGCGUAUGGCUUUCUUACAGUUGUUGUUCUAGCGGUGGCGGGCGUGCUCGGCGCUCCAAAGAAAAGAUAUAGUCUGGCUCCAGGCUUCGACCGGGUGCGCCUAGCAAGAGCCGCUCUGUUCGUUGCUCUGUUUCUUCUGAUAGAUGUCGUCUUUCCCUUGACGGAUGAUUCCUUCAUGGCGUUAGGAUUCUUGGAACCUCCACUCAAAGUUGGCUGGACCCGUAUAAGGAGCGAAUGUGUAUGUGGCGAUCGGUUCUUCGACGAUGUCAAGGAGUUGAAGAGUGGUGGCGUGGCGGCGCUGGUACAAGAGAUGAGGAAAUCCUCAACAGAUGCCAAGAUUACAGUCACUGCAUACUGCCCCGGCAUCACAGCACAAAGAUAUACCGUCAGAGUGUCAACAUGGUUGCGGCGUGUCAGUAGCACCUUGCUUGCGGUAUUUCCAUGGCACCACCUGGACUCUCCGAGUCUAAUUCGAUACAAUACCGGUAACACAGCUAAUACGUCCAACAUCACUAACCCGAGCAACCCAUCGGAACAGUCAAACACAGUCUAUCUCAUGUCCUGCGCACAUCGCACCCGCAAUGACCCAAUACUACUGCAGAUCGACGUCCACGGCAUCAAGAGCGACCGAGAACUCUUCACUCUUCUCAGAACGAAGACAUCUCGACGCCAUAGCCGUUUUCUUCGUUCCCUAUCCUGUCGUUCAAUACAGGGCAUCUUCUUCACUAAGUUCCUUCUCGAGACGAACAGUCACGUUGAAGUCCGCGACCACAACGGGUCCUGUUCCUCUAUACCAUCGGCAGAAAGCUACUGCGACUGUUUGCCCCCAGUACAUAUUAUCGAGCCUCAUCUAAACGCAGAGUACCGCUGCAAUAUCCCUUGCCCCCCAGGUACUUGGCCGCCUGUAGGAUCGAGCAAGUUACUCCAUAUGCUCAACUGCCCUGAAUCCAUCGCUAAAGAUUACACUUGGGUAUUGCAUCAGGUACCGAAGCGUAUCGCGGGAACACUAUCGGGGGCUGGAGAUCAUCCAGCUGAGGGAUGGGGGUUUUAUUUCCAAGAAGGCUGGGAUUUCGACCUCAUCAUCACGAUCAGCUUUGUGGUGUUCAUCUUAGGAAGCUUGCUUUUUGGAGUAUGCUGGUCGAUAUUAGAAUCUGAUAUCCAGGGCGCAUUUGGUGUGAGCGCGUAUAUGGUGACUGCUUGUGGUUUGUUUGUGGCUUUCGUUGUUAGUAAGACGGGCUGAGCAGGCUAAGCACUUGCUGCUAUUGUUCAGAGGCAUGAUGGCGAAGUGACAUUUGAACGACCCUCACGGUCGUUCGACGCUCCAUUCUCAUCAUCUAGAGAAGGGAUAUACAGAA